CAAAUAAAUAACAGAUGCAUCAGAUUCAUCCGAGCAUCAAAUAUUAUAUUCCUCAAAUGGCAACAUCCCACAACUCUCAAUCUCUUCCAAACAUGUUGCUACUCUCCCUCAUUCUCUGUUUAUUUAUGGUUGUGGCAUCAGCUGGCAAUUUCCAACAAGAUUUUGACCUAACUUGGGGUGACCAUCGUGCUAAAAUAAUCGGUGGAGGCAAUGUUCUGCAGCUUUCACUUGACCAGGCCUCUGGCUCUGGCUUCCAAUCCAAGAAGCAAUAUCUUUUUGGCAGGAUAGAAAUGCAGCUCAAGCUUGUUGCAGGAAACUCCGCCGGCACCGUCACUGCAUACUAUUUGUCUUCCGAAGGGCCAAACCAUGAUGAGAUUGAUUUUGAGUUCUUGGGGAACGUGACUGGAGAGCCUUAUAUAGUGCAUACCAAUGUGUACUCCCAAGGGAAAGGUGGUAGAGAGCAACAAUUCUACCUAUGGUUCGACCCAACAAAAAAUUUUCACACUUAUACUUUUCUUUGGAACCCCCAACGCAUAAUAUUGUUAGUGGAUAACAUCCCGAUAAGAGUAUUCAACAAUGGGGAAUCUUAUGGGGUUCCGUUCCCAAAGAGCAAGCCCAUGAAGCUCUACUCAAGCUUGUGGAAUGCAGAUCAAUGGGCUACAAGAGGAGGGCUAGUGAUAACAGAUUGGUCUAAAGCUCCUUUCACAGCCUACUACAAAAACUUCAAUGCCAAUGCCUGUGUGUGGUCUGGAUCAUCUUCAUGUUCAUCUACAGGAAACAUAGAAAAAGGCUCCAAAAAUAAUGCUUGGCAGACUCAGAGCCUCGAUGCAAUUAGUCGCAGAAGACUCAGAUGGGUGCAAAAAUACUUCAUGAUUUACAACUAUUGCUCUGAUUUGAAGCGAUUUCCUCGUGGCCAUCCAAGGGAGUGCAACCGUUCUAGGUUCUAGACAGGGUUUCAUGUAUAUAUAAUAUCAUUAUAUAUUUUGCAAGCACCUCUUACUUUGUAAUAUAAUUCAUGAUGUUGGAGUGUAUAAGUUAAUAAAACUACCAUGUACUUCAUGCAAA